AUGACGACUAACUAUUUGGUGCCAAACACUAAACCGAUUAAUGGAAAUGUGUUUCAUUCAUUCGAAAAGAUAAAUGAAAUAUUCGCAAAGAAUGACGGUAGAAGAUAUUAUAGAGAACUUGAAAGUUCAUGCUAUGACUCUGAUGCUCCAUAUUUUGAUGAUAAACAAACUCAUUUAAGAAUUACAAAUCCGGCUCAUGAUGUGAACCAAUUAGGUGACACAUAUAUUAAACGCAAAGUUAAAGCAACUCUAGUUUCAAAUAAAGCUUUCACAUGUGAUGCCGCUUUUAAAUGCAUGCGUUUAUUCGUUGGUUACAAAUCAUCAAAUCAAAGCUUUAAACAAUUAGAAGUAGAAACCGAAAGAGGUGAUGCCGGUUAUCUUCAGAUGGAUUGCGCCCGUGAAUCUUUCGCAUUUGCAACAUAUAAACCAAAAUCAGAAAGGAAAGUUAAAAAGUUUGUUCAUUCGUUAUAUAAUAAUGUUCAAAAAUAUGAUAACUCAGUAUGUGGUAAAUAUAUUGACCCUUCAGAAGUUUUCAAGAAAGCAAAUGAAGAAGUUGAUGUCACUUUUGAUAUGAUUAUUCCGGUAAAUGAUUUGUUAGCAUUUCAGGCGUUCGAUGAUUAUCCUAAAUCAUUUGGUGAUAUCAUUCUUAAAUAUUAUGUUUUCAGGGAUACUUUAGUAUUUUGUCAGGUUGACCCGUUAAGAGUUGCUGAUUUACAAAAUUACGUUUAUGAAAAGAUAACUGAUGAAAAUUAUGAAAAGAUUAUGAAUCAUGUUUAUAAAUAUGAUCGCAAAUUCCAACAAAUCGGACUUCCUGCCAAAUUAAUUACAAGCUUAGCCGCUACAUCUGCUGACGCAACAGUUGAUGACGUUAUUAUUUCAUGCACAAAGAUGGAAGUUUUAGAGGAUAAAU